UAAAAAUGAAUAUAACAGAAGAAGAAUCAACAGCAACUUCAUUAAUUAUUAAUUCAAUAUCCCCAACAUUUCCCCCUACAUUUUCAACCCAACAAAACAACUUAACUACUCCUUCCCUAACAAAAACAACUUUUAAUUUCCAACAAAAAAGGGAUGUUUCUUUCCAUUUUUCUUUAAUUUUUGGUUCAUUAAUUGGGGGUGUUACUGUUGUUGGGUUAACUGCUAAUAUUCUUGUUGUUAUUGCUAUUUUGAGUGAUAGAAAAAUGAGAAAAUCUCCAAUGAAUCUUUUAUUGUUAAAUUUGGCAAUAGCAGAUUUACUUUAUUUGUUGGCAUUUACACCUUUCUGGUUAUCUAUGAGUGUUUAUGGAGAUGGGGGCUGGCACUUUAGUGAUAUGUUUUGUCCGAUUGCCAGAUUUUUUGGAAAUAUAUUUUUAGUAAUUUCAAUACUUACUUAUUUAGCUAUUUGCAUUGAAAGAUAUGUUGCUAUUGUACAUCCUAUAGCAAUGCACACGUCUGUUUGGUGUACUCGUUCACGUGUUUUGGUUAUAGCUUUUGGUAUUUGGGUAUUUGCAAUGGCAUAUCAAUUUCCUUAUUUGGUUGUAUUCCAAGUUUUUGAUAUUCCAGAAAAAAAUUUGCGUGUCUGUAGAAACCCUUUAGCGUCAAAGAGCAAAAUUUGGAAAAUUUACAAAUGGUCAGAAUUUUUGUUAACUUAUGCUUUACCUAUAAUUAUUUCUGUUUUGUUAUAUUCUCGAAUUUGUCGAGUUUUGUGGUUUAAAAAUAAAAAUGGAGAAAAUAAUGGGAAAGGACAAAAUGAAAAUGAAAACAAAACAGAAUUAAAGCCAAACAUAAAUAAACGACCAAGUGGCAGAACAAUCAAAAAAGUAUUGGAAACAAGAUUUCGGGAAGCAAUUUCUGAUGUUCAAAAUAAAAGAAAAGUUGCCCCAAAAGAAGAAGAAAUUUUUAAUUUUAAUAAUUCUUCUGAAAAAAGGCAGAAACCAAUGAAUGUUUCUUCUUCAGCUAAUUUACGUGCUAGAAGGAGUGUUGUUAAAAUGUUGAUGUUAUGUGUCGGCCUAUUUUUCCUUUGUUAUACACCAAUGGUUGCCUAUUUUGUUUGGAGUGCAUUAUUUGGACGUCCACUUCCUUUGCCUUUCGAAUUUGUAUUAAUUACAAGUGCUUUAGUUCAAUUUCAAAGUGCUUUUAAUCCUUUUCUCUACACACUUUUUGCUACACAAUUUAGAGAAAAAUUGUCAAAAUUAUUUUUAAUUUGUAACAAAAAAGGAAAAAAUAAAAUAAUUAAUCAACAUAAAAUUAGUGCAAAAUCAACAAGUACUUUUUCUGUUUAAAGAAAAAAAAUUAGAAAAAAAAUUUUUUUGUUUCUUAACAAUAAAGUUUGGGAAUAAACGUGAAAAGAAUUAUUUUAUUAAUAAAUUUAAAUUUACUCAAUAUAUAAAAAUUCAUUUCAUAUUUUACUUAAAAAAUGGCUAAAAGUUAGCCAACGUUGAGUGUUUUAUAAAUUUAAUUUAUGUGGAGGAAAUUGUUGAUAUGUAAAAAUAGUGAAAAUAAUAUGUAAGAAUAAGUGAUACGUCUAACAAUUCAUUCGAUUUGGUUUUAGUGUCUGUGAGAUUUAAGAUAUCGGUUUCAAAUAGAAAAAUAAAUGCUCCAUUUUUAAUAUUUUGAGGCCGUGAGGGGUC